AUGCGCGGUUUGAUACUAGCAGGAAUAGCAGCACUACUGGGGCUAUCGCAGCCAUCACAAGCAAAGGCCUUUAACGACCCAGCAGAAAAUGGCGGGCGGUGGCUCACACGAGCCAACAGUGAUGACGAGGUUGGCGAGCCACUGAAUAUCGUCAUUAGCGGCGACAGCGAUCCACUAGUGAUGCAAGUGGAUGACUCGACGCCUGGUGGAUUCUACACGUACUGGGACUCGCUUCACUUCCAGCAAGAAUUCGCCGGAAUCCACUUGGGCGGCGACCAGCUAGCGAAUGUCGGCGAUGGACUGGUGGCCCAGCAAGGCAUCCUGCGCUAUAAUUACAACGACCGCAAUGGCGGAACGCUGUAUGAAUCGAGAAACGGCGGUAAUCAUAUUCGCUACUGGAACCAAUCGAGCACGAAUGCACUGUUUAUUGCUGCUUCUGCUGAAAUGGACAAAGAGGCAAAUCACAUGAUUAUCCCUAAUGGUUACAAUCUCGGAAGGGAUUGGAUCGCAGGUAAUGCCACAGCCAAGGCUAUAAACAACGCAACUGCAGACCUCACGCAGAAAGGGCAGACGGUGGGAUACUGGACGAGGAAUGGCGAUGCAGCCACCAACGUCUCUUUCACAUACGAAACUGAAUUGAGCUUUAAAUCCAACCUAACCACCUACAACAGCUCAAUGGUCAACCACAAUGAACAGGUAUCCGUGAAUGGUAACCCUCCCCAGGAUGGUCUGGUUGCUUUGCUCAAAGUCAGCAUUAAGAGCGGCAACAACCAAGUUAAUGCUGAUAGCUGGGCUGUUGCGCACGGCGUGUCCUACGUCUUUGCGACCCUAUCCGUAAUCCUCUCAGCUAUUUAUCUUGUUUAUUGA